CCUUCUCCAGGCCCCUCCCUGGGUCCUUCCUGGCUUCCCCUUUUCAGCUUUGGGCCCUGACUUUGUCUUUCAGCUGGAAGGCCUGGCCCAUGGAGGUCAACACGCCAAGACCAAAAGAGUCCAUCUCUCUUGCAUCCGUGGCCAAUGGUCUGGACAACAUGGGGGCCGAGGUCUUGGAGAGCCUGGAGGAAGGCCAAACCCCGGACAGCAACUUGAGCCCUGCAGAGGACAGGAAGAGUUGUGACAAAGCCGGCCAGGAGCCCUUCUCAGGAUGGAAGAGCCUGCAGCCAGCCCUGAGAGUGAGACGUUUCUGCAGGGAGCACAGACAACUGUUUCGAUGGAUCUGCACAGGCCUGCUCUGUACUGCAUACGCCGCCUUCCUGCUGAUUGCCUGCCUCCUGAAUUUCCAGAGGGCCCUGGCUCUGUUUGUUCUCACCUGUGUGGUCCUGGCCUUCCUGGCCCACAGCCUGUUGAAGAGGCUGCUGGGGCCAAAACUGCUGAGGUGUGUCAGGCCUCUGAGGCAUUCCCGCCUGAACCUCUGGUUUAAGAGGGGUCUAGCCCUCACUGCUAUCCUGGGCCUAGUCCUGUGGCUGGCUCUGGACACCGCCCAGCGGCCCGAGCAGCUGGUGUCCUUUGCGGGAAUCUGUGUGUUUAUCAGCAUCCUCUUUGCCUGCUCAAAGCAUCACUGCGCAGUAUCUUGGCGAGCCGUGUCCUGGGGUCUUGGGCUACAGUUUGUACUUGGACUCCUUGUCAUCAGGACAGAACCUGGAUUCAUUGCAUUCCAGUGGCUGGGCAACCAGAUCCAGAUCUUCUUGAGCUACACCGAGGCCGGCUCCAGCUUCGUGUUUGGGGAAACUCUGGUCAAGGAUGUGUUCGCUUUUCAGGUCCUGCCCAUCAUUGUUUUCUUCAGCUGUGUCAUGUCGAUUCUGUACCACGUGGGCCUCAUGCAGUGGCUGAUCCUGAAGAUUGCCUGGCUGAUGCAGGUCACCAUGGGCACCACGGCCACGGAGACCCUGAGUGUGGCUGGAAACAUCUUUGUGAGCCAGACCGAGGCUCCUCUGCUCAUCCGGCCCUACCUGGAAGACAUGACCCUCUCUGAAAUCCACGUUGUCAUGACCGGAGGCUACGCCACCAUUGCCGGCUCCCUGCUGGGUGCCUACAUCUCCUUUGGGAUUGACGCCGCCUCCUUGAUCGCCGCCUCUGUCAUGGCCGCCCCUUGUGCUCUGGCCCUCUCCAAGCUGGUCUACCCAGAGGUGCAGGAGUCCAGGUUCAGGAGUGAGGACGGAGUGAAACUGAGCUCCGGAGAUGCUCAGAACCUCUUGGAAGCCGCCAGCAGUGGAGCCGCUGUCUCCGUGAAGGUUGUUGCCAACAUCGCAGCCAACCUGAUCGCCUUCCUGGCGGUGCUCGCCUUCAUCAACUCCGCCUUCUCCUGGCUGGGGAACAUGGUGGACAUCCAGGGGCUCAGCUUCCAGCUCCUCUGCUCCUACCUCCUACGCCCUGUGGCUUUCUUGAUGGGCGUGUCCUGGGAGGACUGCCCGGUGGUGGCGGAGCUGCUGGGGAUCAAGUUGUUCCUGAAUGAGUUUGUGGCCUACCAGGAGCUCUCCCAGUACAAGGAGCGCCGCCUCGCAGGGGUUGAGGAGUGGGUCGGUGGCAAGAAGCAGUGGAUCUCCGUCAGAGCGGAAAUCCUCACGACCUACGCCCUCUGUGGAUUUGCCAACCUCAGCUCCAUUGGGAUCAUGCUGGGAGGCCUGACGUCCAUGGCCCCCAAACGGAAGAGCGACUUCUCCCAGAUUGUGCUGCGGGCACUGUUCACUGGGGCCUGCGUGUCCCUGGUGAACGCCUGCAUUGCAGGGAUCCUCUAUGUGCCCUGGGGGGCUGAGGUCAACUGCACGAGUCUCCUGAACACGACCCUCAGCAGCAGCAGCUUUGAGGUGUAUCAGUGCUGCCAAGAGGCCUUCCAGAGCACCAGCCCCGAGUUCAGCCCAGAGGCCCUGGACAACUGCUGCCGAUUUUACAACCACACGAUCUGUGCAUAGUGGGGACAGCGCACUUUUGUGCCUCCUGGCUGCUCUUUUUCCUCAGGAGGCAGUUGACCCCCCACCUUUCCCUCUCCUGGCCUCUUCUCGGGGAGCCACACUGGGCAGGAGUGGUGGGGUGAGUGGGUGGAAGCUGGGAGGGCCUGUAUGUGAAUGAAGGACAGUCCUUACCCCCGCACUGCUCCCCUAUUUCCUGC